UCAACCAACAUCAGAAUGAGCGACUCUACAAAAGUUUUAGUUGUUGGCCCAGCUUCUACCACUAUCAGAGCUCUCUUUGAUAAGAUCUCUGCUCUUACCAGCAAGCACAACUUCAAUAUCGCGCUCAUAGCCGGUGAUCUCUUCGAAUCUUCUUCUGAAGAUGAACUAGACGACGUCCUAAAUGGUGUUCUGAAGCCACCGAUGGAUAUUUACUACACACUAGGCUCUAAGCCCUUACAUGAGAAGCUUAUCGCAAAGUUAGGCAAUGAUGGUAGUGGUAUGGUAGCUGAAGGCAUCUUCAUGUUGGGAAAGUCUAGCAUCUUAACCACGGGUAAGGGAUUGCGUAUAGGUGCAUUUGGAGGCACAGACGAUCCAUCUACACUGGCUGAGAAAGAUGAAGAAGACGCUCUUCACCCAAAGAUAACAGCAACGACGCUCGAUAAAUUCGCGGAGUACUUUGAGACACCCACUGCAGCGUCUGGAGGUGGAGGCAGCCUCGCAGCUGCGCGUGCGAAAGCUAAGCAACAUUCGAACACCUCACUUGACAUUCUCCUUACCCAUACAUGGCCCUCAAACAUCACUUUACUUUCAAACAAACAACUACCUAGUCUCCCAGGACUGCCAAUGGCACACAGCUGGGGUAACAGUGCAGUCACAUCAGCGCUGAGCUACUCGACGCCUAAGUAUAUCUUCAGUGGAGGACACAAUGCCUUCUGGGAGAGAGAGCCCUUCAUUCAUCCAAAUGGACUCUCUACGCGUUUCGUUUCACUGGGCCAAUUUGGUAAUACUGAAAAACAGAGAUGGUUUUAUGCAUUUACCAUUUCACCACGCACCAAUGGCCUUAAAGAGGAUGCACCAAGCGGUUCCACAUCCUCGCCUUUGCCUACCCUUACAACAGCAAAGAAGCGUGGUACUGGUGACAAAGAUGAGAACAAUAGUUACAUUUUCGCUCAGCAAACGUCAGCAUACGCGUCAGUAGGCGGUAAGGGUAGCAAGCGUGGUAAGAAGGGACAUUUGCAAGAAAUCACACAGGAUGAAUGCUGGUUCUGCUUGUCAAAUCCACGCGUAACCAAACACCUAAUCGUGUCUAUCGGUGAGGAGUGCUACAUAACUCUACCAAAGGGACAACUACCAGAUGCAAAAGAUACAGCUAUACCUGGCGGCGGACAUGUCUUGAUUAUUCCGAUAUCCCACUACCCUAAUUUAUUCUCCUUACCUGCUGAAAUCGCUCAACGCGUCCAAUCGGAAUUACUCGAUUGUCGAGAGGCUUUAACAAAAUGUUACGCUAAAUAUGAUUCUGUUCCUGUUACUUUUGAAUUAGGAAGAUACUGGUCAAGAGGUGGACACGCUCAUAUUCAAAUGGUCCCUGUACCGAAGGACCUUUCACCAACUCUCGCACAGGAAUUCGAAAAUGAAGGUGUAGCUCAGGGUGUUGAAUGGGAAGCCGACCCCCAAAGAGCGUUAGAUGAUCUAGAAGAUGGUCAGAGUUAUUUAAGAGUGGAUUUACCAGAUGGAAAGAAAUUUGUCCAUCUAAUCAGACCAGCACCAUUUAAUCAACAAUUUGCUAGACAAGUAUUAGCUAACGUGCUUGGUAUUCCAGAUAGAGCAGAUUGGCGGAAUUGUGAAUUGCCAGACGACCAAGAGACAGAAAUUGCUAAUGACUUCCGUAAUGCUUUCAACCCGUUUGAUAAAAAUGUGUAA